UUUAUUGGUUAGUUGAUAACUUGGACCAUAUUUCAUUGAAACACGUCAUAGACUAACAUUUUCCUUCAGCAGCUGGUGGGUUUGUGAUGACAUGUUAAACGUUUUCUAUGUCAUACGUACAGGCGUGUAUUUGUAGCUCUUGUGAAGUCAGGAAAGGUCUGGAGUUGUCAGAGCUUUCCAGAAGGAGAAGCACAGGUGCUAUAUCUGGCACCAACAGCCCCCCACAGGCCCCUCAGAUGACAACCCACACAGCACGAGCAGCCAGGCAAGAAACACUGAAACAACGCGUGAGACUCAUUCAAAAUGACGGAAACUGACAGGGCUGGUGUAGAAGCCAAGAGCAAACCCAUGGCCUUCAGGUCUCAGAAAGAAAUGUUUGAGAAGAUGGAGGAUUCUUUCAAAUUCUGUUCAUCUUGUCAGAAGUGGCCAAAACAGCUUUCAAACCCACAGAGCCUGAAACGUUGUGCCAGGUGUUUACAUGUGUAUUACUGCUGCAAAGAGUGUCAGAAAGAGGACUGGUCCAAACAUAAGAAGUUCUGCUCACAGCUGCGUCUGGCUGCCAUCGACAGAGUGGUGGAAUGGCUUUUGUUCAAAGGAGAGCUCCCAUUCCCCACAGAGAAAUGGUCAAAGCCACAGUCAGAGGUAAAAGGUUGGGAUGACUGGCUUGCAAUGCAGGGAGAUCUCACCCCUCGCCUCAGUCCCGUUUUAAACGGAGCCAAUAUGAAAGACUUGUGGACCAACGCCGGCAGACCUCAGCCCAAUGAUGAAGACCUGAAGCAGUCUCUGUGGAGAGUCUGCAGCGAGUUCUUCUCCAGGCCGCUCACCAUCGCCUGGGGGAUGAGGAUUUUUGGUCUGAACCCUUACUCCAAACCUCUCACCAUCCACCUGGUGGGUGCAGGUCAGACUGAGACGCUGGCAGCCAGACUCACAGACUACGAUGAACUGAAUAAAAUGUUUCCUGGACACCAGGGAAUAGAAAUUGUAAUGGUGGGACCAGAGGUGAUGGAUGGGCCUAUUGUGCGGCCCCCUCUCAAGGCGUUUGGUCCCAAGCAGAGGGUCUUCAUCAGUGCCUACAAAGGUCUGUAUCAUGAGUUCUGGGAGGAGCUAGUGGAGAAAGAGGAGGCGGCUAGGCCGGACCUGGUGGUUGGAUUUCAUCCAGGAUUUGAUGCCAGUCAAGGUCUAGACCAGGGAUGGCUUCCAACACUGCUGCUGCUCAGAGAUUAUGAGAUUCCCUCGAUGUUUACUGCUCUCAAUGAAACAGAGAUGACGUACUCCCUACAGAUCCUGCUGGAGUUGGAGAUGGACUUGAAGGGAAGCGGAGCAAACCCGUUUGCCUCUUUAAAGCCAGAAGUGGAGGCUUCAAGUCCCAACAAGGCCCCCCUCUUCUGCAACUCCCACUACUUCUGUUUCCAGGGUCUGCUGGAGACUGUGGAGUUUGAAGAGCCGGAGGAGGCCUGAGUGCAGAAAUAUUGUGAACUGCUGUUUUAAUCUCACCUUUAUUCUUGUAAUGAAAUCCUUAAAUUAUAAUAAAACAUCUGUGUGUAAGAACAUACAGUGUUGUAACCACCCUUUGUAUUUGGCAGCAGUCGUGAAUUUUUGUUUUGUCUGUGGCGUUCACUAUCUCAGCCCCACAGUGUGUUUAACAUUUGAAUAUACAGUCACUGAACUGUUGUAAUGCGAGCUCAGAAGCAAUAAAACUUUA